AUGGAUUUCCAUUCUUUAAUUCAUUUGCAGUCCAUUCUUAAAGGAUCCAACUGUGAACAAACUUGUUCUGUUUUGUGGAUAGGAGCAGAAGAAUAUCUUCAGACUGGAAUGCUGCUGACGAUAAAAAGAAGAAUAAAAAGAAUUCGUUUGAUAUCAAAAACAACUCUAAAGAUAAAUUUUAAGGUUCGUUCACAAAACCAUGCAAUGUUUGCUGGAAAGUUUUACGAUCCAAGACAGACACUGGAACUAAUUCAAACUUUCUGUUUAUCAUCUUUUCUGGAUUAA